GUGACAAGCAGAGAAGGUCAUCCGCAUGCGAUCUCGCAGAUCCAUAAGUGGGAUACAAUAAAGCCGAGCGUCUACGCCCUUGCGGGACGAAUUUGCCAUUUUUCGCCCUUCUAUUUCCGAGAUACCCACUACCAGAGGUGUGCUUCUCUCUUUGAAUUCGCCGCUCAUCAUGAAGUUCACAAAUUACCUUAUAACGACCGCCUCCCUUGCUGGCAGUGUCCUGGCUGCCCCCCGCAGUGGUCUGGCGGACAGAGUUCGUGCCCGGUCACUGUCCCGUCAGUCGCACCCUCUGGCACCAGUUCCAGGUGAUACAACCUCCGAGUACAGGCUGGCCGGAGGGUCCUCAGAUGCGACCCAGGUCACAUAUAGCAGCAACUGGGCGGGCGCCGUGCGCGAGCAACCACCUCCACAAGGUACAUAUUCUGCCGUGACAGCAACCUUUCGGGUUCCAGAACCCACGGGGACAAGUCAAAGUGGCACACAGGCCGGAUCCGCCUGGGUCGGAAUCGAUGGAGACACAUAUAGCGCCGCAAUUCUCCAGACGGGGAUUGACUUUUAUGUGGACAACGGGCAGACGUACAAUGACGCCUGGUUCGAAUGGUACCCGGAUUAUGCAUAUGACUUCAGUCUUGAAGUCAACACUGGGGACACGAUCGUGGCCAAGGUCCAAGCUCUCUCGCCUAGUCAGGGUGUGGCUACGAUUGAAAAUCUCUCAACGGGGAAGAAGGCAACGCAAACAAUCACAGCGCCUGCUGCGACGGCCACGCUUGGCGGUCAGAAUGCCGACUGGAUCAUUGAAGACUUCCAAGCAGGGGACUCAAUGGUUUCCCUGGCAGACUUCAGCGAGGUCAGCUUCUGGGGUGCGCAAGCAGAGGGGGGAGGGUCUACUUGGGGGGUGAAGGAUGCGUCCAUUGUCGAACUCAAACAGGGCAACCAGGUGUUGACGGAAGUAGACGUGCAAAGUGAUUCGGCCUUUACUGUGAAAUAUACGAGUUAAUGCGAGGACGCAUGGCUGAUUUUUCAUUCUUUGGAUCAUUUAAUCUGUGGCGUGUGAAUUCGAUUUCUAACAUUUUAUAAUGCUUUGAAUGACGGCCGGUGUUUACUUUGGUUGCUAAUCUGCGGCUC